GCGGGUACGGCCGUGCGGGUUGUGGCCACGGCUUUGGGCCAUGUGUGAGCUCUCUCUCGAGCACACACACACACACACACAGCGAAAGCAAUAGUCCCUCUUCUCGCCCAGGCCGCCAGGAGGAGAGAGGAUGGGCUAAAUCGAUUGAUCGCGCGAGGUGAGAGAGAGGAGAGAGAGCGAGAGAGAGAGAGAGGAGAGAUUUUGGGAGAGAGAUGAGCACGCAUUCUACCAGGGGAGUGAUAGAUGGGUCGGCGGAGGUUCUCCGAGGGAGCGAUGGAGCGAGUUUUGGUACUGGGUCGUGGAAUGUGGCCUCUGGGCGACGGGUUUUAGGAUCGUCCAUGGAGUGGCAGUGUGGAGGAGCUUAGCAAGAGAGGGAAAGAGUGAAGAAGAAAAAAAUCCCAAGAAAUCGAUCGAUGUGUCAAGUUCCUCCACCGCGGGACGAUGUGAGCUUCUUAGCGGCAGCGGCAGCUGCUGUGAGGAUCAAGCUCCAGAGGAAGAGCAGAGAGGCAAUGCCGGAGGAGAAGCUCUCCACCACGGAGGAGCUCAAGGCGCGAGCUAGGAAUUCUUCGUGGAAGCACCAAGUUAACAGCAACUUGGUGAUGAUCACGUCCUCCUCGUCUUCUUCUAGGGGGCGAUUGCUGGGACCAUCGAGCGCCACCACCACGCAGACGAUCCAGCAGACAACCACGCAAACCACGACUCAAACGACGACCACGAUGAGUAGCAGCAGCAGUGGCAGCAGUGCUAGCAUGAGCAAGCAGCGCCACGUAAAAUACUUUGGGGAGAAGUAUCACGGCAAGCUGCUGGUUCUUUGGUUGAUCCUCGGGCUUGGAGCCGCGGUCUACAUCAAUCACUCGCUCACGGACUCCUACAUUGAGCGCCGGAGGGAGACGCUCGCGAAUAUGUGCAAGGAGCGAGCGUGGAUGCUCCAGGACCAGUUUAAUUCCAGCAUGAACCACGUCCGAUCCUUGACGGCCCUCGUCACCACUUUCCAUCUCGCGAAGCAGCCAUCCGCGCUCGAUCAGGAGACUUUUGCGGCCUACACUGCGAGGACGUCCUUCGAGAGGCCGCUCAUGUCCGGGGUGGCGUAUGCUCACAAUGUGGAGCACUGGCAACGGCGAGCUUUCGAGGAGGAGAUGGGAUGGAGCAUCAAAGAGAUGCGAAGCAAUGCUCCGCGAGCUCAGAACCUGGACGAGUACGCUCCUACGGUUCUCUCGCAGAACACUCUCGCCCAUCUAGCGUCCGUGGACAUGAUGUCUGGCGAGGAGGAUCGAGAGAACAUCUUACGCUCCCGAGCAAGCGGCAAGGGAGCUCUCACGAGUCCGUUCCGGCUUCUCGAGUCGGAUCACUUGGGAGUUGUUCUUACGUUCACAGUCUACAAGACGGAUCUUCCAGACGACGCAACGCCUGCUCAACGCAUCCAAGCGACCGCUGGCUAUGUAGGUGGAGCAUUUGACUUCGAGUCGCUUGUGGAGAACCUUUUGCGGCAGCUGUCCGAAAGCCAGACCAUCAUUGUCAAUGUCAACGAUGUCACGAACAAGUCCAAUCCGCUUGUCAUGUACGGCCCAAACAUUCCCGACGGGAACGAGAUCGAAGUAUGUCAGCUCGAGUUUGGGGAUCCCUUCCGGAAGCACGAGAUGCGAUGCAGGUUUAACAAGGAAGCGUCUGUUGUGUGGACGGCGAUCACCACCACCUUUGGAAUCGUUGUCAUUGUUUUGCUGGUGGCUCAAAUCUUCUACGCGGCUGGCAACCGCAUCGCCAAAGUUGAGGAGGAUUAUCGCAAGAUGGAAGAUCUUAAAGUUCGAGCCGAGUCGGCCGAUGUUGCGAAGUCUCAGUUCCUGGCUACUGUAUCACACGAGAUCCGGACUCCCAUGAAUGGCGUGCUUGGCAUGUUGCAAAUGCUCAUGGACACGGAGCUCGAUUCGACACAGCGGGAUUACGCUCACACGGCCCUCGAAAGUGGGAAGCAACUCAUAAAACUUAUCAACGAAGUCUUGGACCAGGCCAAGAUCGAGUCCGGCAGGAUGGAGCUCGAGACUGUCCCUUUCAAGCUACGCACGAUUCUCGACGAUAUUCUCACGCCCUUUUCUGCGGAGAACAAGGACAAAGGAAUCGAACUGGCGGCAUACGUUUCCGAGAGAGUCCCUGACGUUGUCCUUGGGGAUCCCGUUCGGCUCCACCAGAUCGUGACCAACUUGGUUGGAAACUCAAUCAAGUUCACGGAUCGCGGGCAUAUCUUCGUCUCCGUGCACCUGGAAGAGGACGUGAAAGCCGCAAUGUCAGCACAAUGCGAGGCGUGCUCGAAACAAGUCACGGAGACGCAAGAUCACUCGGACAAACUUAACACCGUAGACGCUGCGGGAUCGUGCAGCACGCUGAGCGGUCUCGAGGCCGCCGAUCGAAGGAACAACUGGGAGACUUUCAAGCUCAUACUGAAACAGGAGAAGUCCCGGCUCACAACUCACAAGCAACCGGUUGACACAGUGAAGCUAGUUUUUAGCGUCGAAGACACAGGAGUGGGGAUCCCCGUCCACGCACAGGAGAGAGUUUUCUCGCCAUUCAUGCAAGCCGAUAGCUCUACCUCGCGGAACUAUGGUGGGACUGGGAUCGGCCUCAGCAUCUCCAAGUGUCUGGUGGAGCUCAUGAAAGGAGAGAUUGGCUUCGUGAGCAGCCUUGGAGUUGGGACAACGUUUUGGUUCACCGUCAACUUCAAGGUGGGAGAUCUAGAAGCGCUCGAGGCUGCUCACAGCGCCGAGUGCUCCAAGCAGCAGCGAGCAGCACACUCGUCAACGCCGCUCACGACGCAGCUGAGUGGACUCAAAGCUCUCGUCGUGGAUGGACGGCCCGUUCGAUCGGAGGUGACGAGAUAUCACUUGCGGAGGCUCGGGAUCCAGGUCGACGUUGCGAGUGAUGUCUCCUCAGCUCUAGCUCACCAAAGAUCCAAGAACUUAGAUAUGAUUCUGAUAGACAAAGAUGCGUGGGGUUCUUCCACGGGGCUCUCGUAUCCCAGCAAGAUCAAGGAGGCGGGACCAACUUUAGCACCGAAGCUCGUGCUCCUCGCCUUCGACGACGACGAGCACAAGGCCAAGGCCGCUGGCUUUUCGGACAACGUGAUAAAGAAGCCGCUCCGAGCAAGCCACAUCGCAAAUCAUCUCGAGAAAGCGCUGGGGCUGGAUCUCAAGAGGAGAACACGAGAAUCAAGCACUCCCACCAGCAGUAGCAGCGACACUAGCGCCAGCAUCAACAGCGGGAGUGGCAGCAGCAACAAUCUCCACAGUCUCCUCACCGGGAAAUGGAUCCUGGUGGUGGACGACAACAAAGUUAACCGGAGAGUAGCGGCGGGAGCGCUACAAAAGUAUGGCGCUCGCGUCGAGUGCGUCGAGAGUGGGAGGCUGGCCAUCGAGAAGCUGGAGCCGCCGCACAAGUUCGAUGCGUGCUUCAUGGACAUCCAAAUGCCGGAGAUGGACGGGUUUGAGGCGACGAGGAGGAUACGUUGCUUCGAGAAGCGCGGAGGGUCUCACGUCCCCAUCCUGGCAAUGACGGCGGACGUGAUCCAGGCAACUUACGACGAGUGCCGGCGCUGUGGAAUGGACGACUACGUGAGCAAGCCGUUCGAGGAGAAGCAGCUGUAUAGAGCCGUGGCCAAAUUUUUUUGAGAAAAAAAAACGAGAAAAAAAGUAAAGGAAAAACGUAUCUAAGCUCUUUCUCGCAAACGUAGCACUUUUGUAGUAAGCGCGAUUCCAAAGAACUCUCCUCUCUUAUAUGAAAGUUGCCACCUUUGUAGUAA